CAGGGCAAAGGCCGUGGGGCGGAGUGAGGUGAUGUGGAGCGUUAUGGGGCGAGCGGGGCUGGGGGCUUUGUCCGGGGGGGCUGCCCCUAAUUCCGGGAGGAACCUGGAAGGGAAAGUGGCUCUGGUGACCGCCGCCACCGACGGGAUCGGGCUGGCGGUGGCACAGAGGCUGGGGGCGGCGGGGGCCCGGGUGCUGCUGAGCUCCCGGCGUCAGCCCAACGUGGAUGCGGCCGUGCAGAAGCUGCGGGCUCAGGGUCUGGAGGUCAGCGGGGUGGUGUGCCAUGUGGGGCAGCCCCAGGACCGGCAGCGCCUGGUGCAGACGGCAUUGGACACCUAUGGCGCCAUUGACAUCCUGGUCUCCAACGCCGCCGUCAACCCCGUCAUGUGCAGCACCCUGGAGGUCGAGGAGGCAGCCUGGGAGAAGAUCUUCCAGGUGAACGUAACGGCAGCAGCGAUGCUGGUGAAGCUGGUGUUGCCCCACAUGGAGAAGAGAGGUGGAGGCGCCGUGGUGUUGGUGACAUCAGUGGCCGGCUUUAUGCCCUUCCCAGCUCUGGGCCCAUACAGCGUGAGCAAAACGGCGCUGCUGGGGCUGGUGAAGGUGUUGGCCCCGGAGCUGCGCGCCCGCGGAGUGCGGCUCAACGCCGUCGCACCCGGCCUCAUCCAGACCCGCUUCAGUGCCGCCCUGUGGGAGAACGAGGCCACCAAGGAACAGGUGAUGUCCACCAUGGGGAUCGACAGGCUGGGAACGCCAUCGGAUGUGGCCGAGGUGGUGGCGUUCCUCUGCUCCCCCGCCGCCUCCUACAUGGUGGGAGAGACCGUGGUGGUGGCCGGGGGGGCGCCGUCCCGCCUCUGAAGACCCCCGAAGAGGGACGGCGUCGCUGUGUGGCAGCGGGGUGUCUGGGAGAGACAUCCGUGUCUGUAGGGGAGCUCUGGGGACACCUGACGGGAUGCUGAGCUUCAGUCCAGGAGGAUGAGGGGACCUAUGGGUAGACCUCCAGGAAG